CGAGCCUGUACUGGGCGUUUAGUUUCAGUCGUGAGGUGAAUCUUACUGGGCGCGUGGUCCUAGUUACGUCAGUUAACAUCAUGGAAUCCGUUCGAUCAUCUUUUAGUUUCAAUUGGCUGUCAGUCAAGUUCUUCACGACAGGAUGGGAUUUCUUUUUGAAGCAAGAAGCAUCAGUUUUAGCCAUCCUUUGUGGUCUGAUGGCUGUCGUAGACUACAUCCGAGGGAAUGGUGUUGCAUGCAUGGCAACCCAUGCCAGCAUAAUUAUCCUUGUUCGGCGGUUUCUUGCGGGUGGGAUUUGCACCUCCACCAGACGCCUAGACGGCAAGACAGUCGUUAUCACUGGUUGCAACGUGGGCAUUGGGAGGGAAACUGCUCGAGACCUUAGUGGUAGAGGUGCCAAGAUCAUUAUGGCUUGCCGCGACACCAAAACAGCAGAGAAAGUGGCCAAGGAAAUUAGCCGUCAGACUGGUGGGGAAUUAGUUGUGAUGAAGCUGGACCUUGCCUCCCUGACCUCCGUGCGGGCCUUUGCUGAGGAACUCAAGUCUAGAGAAAGUCGCAUUCACAUCCUUAUCAAUAAUGCAGGUGUGAUGCUCUGCCCCUACAGCAAGACAGAGGACGGCUUCGAGAUGCAGCUGGGCACAAACCACUUUGGGCAUUUCCUCUUGACGAACCUCCUGCUCCCUCUCCUCACCCACUCCGAGGAAGCACGGGUGAUCAAUCUCAGCUCUCUAGCCCAUGCAAGAGGCGUUAUUCCUUUCGAUGACAUGUUGUAUGAGAAAGGGUAUGAUCGUUUCAAGGCAUAUGGAAAUAGCAAAGUGGCCAAUAUUCUGUUUACACGCCAUCUUGCAAAGAAGGUGAAAGGUACAAACAUCCAGGUAUUCUCAGUGCACCCAGGAGCUGUCCAGUCCAACUUGGGGCGACACAUUGUUGGUUCGUUCACAGCCUCUUGGUAUGCUGCACUGAUCAUGAAGAAUAGCAUGGAAGGGGCUCAGACCACUCUGCAUUGUGCUCUUGAGGCAGAACAGGAUGACCAUAGUUAUUAUUUCAGUGACUGUGCUGUGGGUUAUGCUUCGGCAUAUGCAAGGAAAGACGAUGUAGCUGAACGACUGUGGCAGGUGUCAGAGAAGAUGGUUCAGCUUUAAUAAGAAACUGGAGAAAUGAAAAAGAAUUGUUAAUUCUCUAGAUUAUGGUGCCUUAACCUAAUGUUAUUUCCUUGUUGCUAUGAAUACUAAAACUUAGUAACAUAAGAGACAUACCUCCACCUAAGAUUUUUGAAUAGUUAAUUGAUGUUGAACAUUUCACGAGUGACAUAUAUGCAAGUCAUUUGGAAGGCACAAAGAUGAAUACUUCAGCAGGUGAGGCAGGCAUAAGAAAAAUGAUCCAGCCUAUUUUCUAUCCCAGUGUACCUCUCCCUUCCUAAAAUCCAGGUAAUGUUCUUACUUUAUGAGCUGUUAUGUAAGGUGAAAGGGAGAAAAUUAUAUUUGUCAGUAUAUAUUGCUUGUAUUGAUGUUUUUUAGUGGAAAUCUACAUUUUUGUUUAAAAGAAAAUAGUAAAAGAAAUAUAUAUAUA